AUGUCCAAAGCAAAACGGAAAGCCGUGGAAGUGGUUGACCUCACUGGCGACGAUGGUUUCCGCUCAGCAGGACCCGCGCGCUCCAAAGUUCCCCGAUCGAACUCGUCCUUCUCAUCCUCGCAGAAUCGUGCAUCUCUCCCGACACCGCCAUCAUCCAGCCAGACUAGGCGUGAACAUGGACAUGGAUACACUCCUGGUCUUCGAUCUAGUCAAGGCUACAACAACAACAACAACAAUUACUCUUCCUCAUACAGUCAAUCCACGCCGACACACAGCAAAGCCGAGCGCGCCAGCUGGCUCGCCUCCACGCAGGAGGAAGAAGCCGACAUUGCCCGCGAGAUCGACCUGACCGAGGACUUCGACGACGACGUGUACGAGAACUACCAGCUCUACGGGAUUCUUGACACCAAGAUCGUAGGAUGUCGGUUCUACGACGGCCGAGCCACGGUGGGCGAAUACGUGCGCGUGCGGCGCGAACCCAGCAAUCCCUACGACAGCAAUGCGAUUCGCAUUGACAAUGUUCUACGCGACCAGAUUGGCCAUAUCGGUCGUCAGGUCGCGGCCAAGCUGGCGCCCCUGAUGGACUCGGGCUCGCUGCUGAUCGAAGGCGCGCUGACUGGACCCAAGACCUUCUAUGACUGUCCGAUCGGUUUGAAGUUGUUCGGCACUAGUGAUCCCGUGGCUGGGGCGGCGCUGUGUCGCCAGAUGCAGGAUCUACGCUUACCGGUGACUCUGUAUGUGCGGGCAGAAAAGGAGAGAAAGAAACGAACCCAGGAGCUGGAGAAGCAGAUGAAAGCCAGGGAGAAGGCAGCCGCGGCCAUGCAGAAACGCGGUAAUGCUGUGAUCGACCUGGCCGGCCCGAAUAGAUACAGUAACCUGGGCAUGCUGGCUGGGAUGGGGAGCAGUCAGCCGCCGGAAUCUAUGGACCAGCUCCUCGACGGCACGGCUAUGUUCAAUCCGCGCGAUGUGCAGGACGUCGUGAACAGACUGGGAGCCGGUGAGGAUGUGUUGGCGAAGAUGCCCAUGGCAGAGCAGCCCAAUGAACUGGCGACCGUUUUGCUGCCGUACCAGAGACAAGGACUGAAAUGGAUGCUGGACCACGAGUCGCCACAGCUGCCUAAGGACCGUGACGAUGUUGUUCAAAUGUGGAAGAAGGCAGGAAAUGUCUACACCAACAUCGCCACGAACUUCUCCUUUACCAAAGCGCCGGAGCUUGCCAGUGGUGGUCUGCUGGCAGAUGACAUGGGUCUGGGUAAAACAAUCCAGAUCAUCUCCUUGAUCAUGGCUGAUCCUCGUAAAAAUGGACAGCCGACUCUGAUCAUUGCACCGCUCUCUGUCAUGAGCAAUUGGAGCCAGCAAGCUGCCCUUCAUGUGAAGAACAAAUACACUCCACGAAUUCUGACAUACCACGGCCAGGGCAACACAGACCUGUCCCCGAAGCAGUUACAAGAGUACGACAUUGUCAUCACGACUUACCAAACGAUGACCCGGGAGCUGUUUGCCUACGGCGCGCCGAAGCCGCUGCCCACGCCCGCGGCGAAAGGGUUGUUCUCUGUGACCUGGCGACGGAUCGUCCUUGAUGAAGGCCAUCAAAUCCGCAAUCCCAAGGCAAAAAUGGCCCAGGCUGCGUGCGCACUUGUCGCUCAAUCUCGAUGGGUGCUGACUGGGACGCCUAUCGUCAACAACCUCAAAGAUCUGUACUCGCACGUCAAGUUUUUGCGUCUCAAAGGAGGCCUGGCCGAAUUUGAGAUUUUCAACUCUACCUUGAUCCGACCCUUGAAGAACGGUGAGAAUGGGGCUCGCUUGCUAUUGCAAGCUCUGAUGUCAACGCUGUCUCUUCGUCGCAUGAAGGAUAUGAAGUUCAUCGACCUCAAGCUUCCGGAGAUCACCUUCCACAAAUACGCAGUCAAAUUCCUACCUCACGAACAGGAACGAUACGACGCCUUCAAGAGUGAGGCCAAAGGACUGGUGGAGGCCGCAAAGGCGAAGAAGGGUGACAAUACUAUGACAAACCUUCUGGAAGUUCUCCUUCGUCUUCGCCAGACUUGCAACCAUUGGAAGAUGUGUGGCGAGGACCGAGUCAAGAAACUACUCGAACUGGUGGAAGGCGAGACGCUGGUGGACGUAAUGAAGCCUGAGAAUCGAAAGGCUCUACAGGAUCUCUUGCAGCUUCAAAUCGAUUCUCAGGAAGACUGCUGCGUUUGCCUCGACUCUUUGAAAGCGCCUGUCAUCACCGCCUGUGCCCACGCAUUCUGUCGAGAUUGCAUAGAACGAGUCAUCGAAACGCAGCACAAAUGUCCCAUGUGUCGUGCGCAAUUGGCAAGCAAUGAUCAACUGGUCGAACCGGCGGCAGGAUUUGGCGAAGGCGAUAGACCUGAUCUUGACAUAGACCCAGACGUGACCAGCAGCAAGAUCGAGGCUCUCGUCAAGGUCCUGAGGGCAUCAGAAGCUGAUCCAGACGUCAAAACGGUGGUCUUCUCGCAAUGGACGUCAUUCCUGGAUCUUGUGCAAUCCCAGCUUCUACGACACGGGUUGAGUUUCACUCGGCUGGAUGGCAAGAUGAACUCGGCGCGCCGGGACGCGGCAAUCGAUUCCCUCGACUCGGACCCCUCGUGCAAGAUCAUGCUCGCCUCUCUUUCAGUCUGCUCUGUUGGACUCAAUCUUGUUGCGGCCAACCAAGUCAUCCUCGCGGAUUCUUGGUGGGCGCCCGCGAUUGAGGAUCAAGCAGUCGACCGAGUCCAUCGGCUGGGUCAGAUCAGAGAUUGCAAAGUCAUCCGCUUGGUCGUUGAGGGGACGAUUGAAGAUGAGGUGCUAGAAAAUCAAGCCAAGAAGAGAAAGCUCGCCAGCGACGCGUUCGGAGAUAGAAAUGCAGGGAAACAGCGCAAAGAGAUGCGUGCAGGGACGCUGGGUGAUAUUGAGAGACUGCUUGGUUGA